AUAGUAGUGCAAAAUUGAGAACGAACAAUUGAGAAUAAAAAAAUAAUAAAAAUAGCGAAGGAAAAACCACGAUAACAAAGUAAUAACAGCAGUUAAGCAGAAGUCUCGUUACACCCCAAACAAUUCCACCACACGAAAUCUCCACAACAACAAAACAUUAUUGCAUUUAGUUGACUUGCAAUGCUGCUGAUUGGUGCCCUCGCAUUGGGUUUAGUCGAGUCUACAAAUUCCAAUUUAGGCAUUAAUAGUUUAAGCUACAGUACAGUGGCCAGCAGUAGUAGUGGUGGUGGCAUUGCAGGUGCAGGUGGUGGCGUUAUUGGUAUCGGUGACGGUGAUGGUGGUCUCAACUCUGUGAUCGAAACAGCAGCAGCUGCAGCAGCAGGUGGCGGUGUUAGCAGUAGUGGCUCCUCCAUUGGAGGAGUUUCUUCGGCUGUCUCAAUAUUUUCCCAACCCACAAUGAAUGCAGUAACAGGACAUGGUGGCGGUGGUGGUGGCGGUGGCAUUGUUGGUGGUAUGAUUGUAACAAGUUCUAAUGCUGCUGGCGGUGCCUUAUCCUGGGACAACAAUGCCACAAUACGUUCAGCCACUACAGGCGACUGGUCAAUUGAGCAGUGCAUUAUAUGGCAGCGACCCCACCACAUGUAUUUUCAAUUAGGCAAUGCCUUCUUACUUUUGGCAUUUCUGGCACCACAUCGACCGUUUGGCAUAUUGUGGUUGCGUGCAAUGCUCGUAAUUGGAGCCAUUCUACUUGCCAUGUAUGGCUACUUGAUUGAUUGCGCCCAAGAUGUUGUGCUGUGGUCGUCUUUAUUUUUUGGCGUUAACACGAUUUACCUGAUAGCAGCAUUAUGUCGUCUGCGGCCAGUACGCUUCGAUAGAGAAAUUGACGCAGUAUAUGAGGCUCUUUUUAAACCGUUGCACGUUACACGACAUCAAUUCAAAAAAGUUCUAAACUGCAUGAAACUGAUACGGGCCCUAAAAUAUCAGGAGGUGUAUGCACAAGAAAAAGUAACCAAAGUCGAUAGUCUAUCGUUGGUAUUAUCGGGAAAAUUGGUGGUGUCACAAAAUCAACGAGCAUUACAUAUAGUAUUUCCACAUCAGUUCCUAGAUUCCCCAGAAUGGUUUGGUGUAUCAACGGACGAUUAUUUUCAGGUCUCAAUUAUGGCCAUGGAAGAAUCGAGAGUUCUGAUAUGGCAUCGUGAUAAAUUAAAAUUAUCAAUUAUGUCGGAACCAUUUUUACAAACAGUUUUUGAUCACAUACUGGGACGAGAUGUGGUAAAGAAACUAAUGCAAGUAACACAGGUUAGCGAGUCAAUUGCCAGUAAUGGAUUUUUACCAUCAGGUAGUUAUGAUGAUGCAGAAGACAAGCCCAUGCUGAUUAUGAAGAAAAGUGUGGAAGGACACAGUUUAACAGCUUUAAUAAAUCGACAAUUGCAAGAAGAGCAUGUGCCUCUUUUGGGCCGUACAUACACUACUAAAACUUUUCAGUUGUACAAGCCUAACACAGGCCUCGGCCUAAGCAACAACGAUGAAUCCUGCUCAGCAGCUGAAUAUACCACCUCAGACAUACCACCGUGCCUGAUUAUAAAAGAAUAAUUUUAAAUUUCUAUCCACCACACACAACAUAUAGGAGAAAAGUCAAUUUGUAUAAAAACAACAAAAAAAAUAUAUAAUAAUAUCUAAAUACUUUACUAUAAAUAGAACUAAAAACUAAACAAAACAAAACGAAACAACCAACAAGUAACUAAACUAAAAUCUAAAUCUAGAGUAAUUGCGUUAGAAUUAAUUGUAAAUCGAUAAAAUAUUAAAUGAAAAUAUGAAACAAAAAAAAAAAACUA